AUAUAUAGACCCUCACUCCACGGUCGCCUUUGUUUUUGGGGUUUAAUUUCAGAGUCGGUGUCUUCUCCUUCAGCUGGGAAUUUCAAUUCUCUCUCCCUACCCAAUUCGCGCCGGUGCUUCUUCUCCGCAGCCAAUAUGCAGGCCAGUGAUAGGUUCAACAUCAAUUCCCAGCUCGAACACCUUCAAGCUAAGUACGUCGGAACAGGGCAUGCCGACUUGCAUAGAUAUGAAUGGGCUGUGAAUAUUCAGCGUGAUAGCUAUGCCUCCUAUGUUGGUCAUUAUCCGAUUCUUGCCUACUUUGCUCUUGCUGAGAAUGAGUCGAUUGGGAGAGAACGCUACAACUUUAUGCAGAGAAUGCUUUUGCCUUGCGGUCCUCCCCCAGAGAGAGAAGACGAUUGAGAAUGUUCUUGUAAGGAUAAGGACGAGAACAAGUCUGAUCUACUCUGUUCUCAUCUUCUAUGUUUGCUGGAAGUAAAUCAUAUGCUAAUUUUACCUCUCAUAUGUUUGAGGACUAGUUGGAAGUUAUUUUCUUUGCACUUGUGGGUGAAUAGUUGGAAUGUAGACUUUUCAGUAACAGAUUUGUAAUGCCAUGUUGUGCCAUUGUCGGUAAACAGCCCCAAGUCAAAGCUUUGUAUGAGACCAGUUUUAUGAUCUUUGAUUCUUUGGUAUUAAUGCUUCUAACAUGUGCUAUGCUA